AUGCCGCCGUCUGGCCGUAAAGUGUCGCCUAGCGUCUCAGUAGUAGCAGGAGCCACAGCCGGCGCUGUUGAAGGAGUCGCUACGUUUCCGAUCGAGUAUCUCAAGACAGUUUCGCAGUUUGCACCGCGCGAUGUGCACGGGAACCAGCAGCGGCUAUCUCCGAUCGAGGUGGUCCGAUCGACGCUCCAGAAGGAAGGUCCCAAGGGGCUCUUUCGAGGCUGUACCGCUAUGGUUGUAGGCAAUGCCGGUAAGGCUGGUGUACGAUUUUUCGCUUUUGAAAACUUCCGCAGUAUGCUCAAGAACAAGUCUACAGGAAAAUUGUCCAACUCGAGCAACUACCUUGCCGGUAUGGGCGCCGGGACGUUAGAGGCCAUCUUUGCCGUCACUCCGAGCGAGACGAUCAAGACCAAGCUGAUCGAUGAUAGCAAGCGAGCCAAGCCACGCUACGAGCAAGGGCUUGUGCGUGGUACGGCGUCGAUUGUACGACAGGAAGGGUUGGCAGGCAUCUACCAGGGGGUUGUACCGGUAGUGAUGCGGCAGGGGUCUGCAUCUGCGAUUCGGCUGGGGACGUACUCUGCGCUGCGAGAUUGGCUUCCGAAAGCGCACGGUAGUGGAUCGUCAUUGAUCAACUGGCUGGCUACGUUUUCGAUCGGCGCGGCAUCUGGCGUAGUCGCGGUGUAUGGAACGAUGCCAUUCGACGUGCUGAAAACGCGCAUGCAGGCCAUAGACGCUGCACGCUACCGCUCCACCUGGCACUGUCUCACCAACACCCUGAAAACAGAAGGCGCAGCUGCCCUGUGGCGUGGCUCGGUAUCACGCAGUAUGCGUCUCAUCGUCAGCGGAGGCGUCAUCUUCUCGGUCUACGAACAGGUCGUCUGGCUCCUAGCAGGUCCCGAGUCGUAG